AUGAGUGAGGAUAAGACAAUUGCUAAAAUUAGAGGUGGCGCUGUAUGGGACCACGGUUACGCGCAGCUUGUGCUGUAUAACUUGGCUGUUAUGGGAUCGGAGUUGGAGGUUUCGCCACCGGAGGUCAGUGGAAUUACCUUUCACGCGUGCGAGUGCGGUUUCAGCUGCGACAACGUCUUCGGUUACGAAGUGGUUUUCGGAAGUGGCGAAGUCAUCUAUGCUGACGAAGGCUCUCGCCACGACCUUUGGCUUACCUUGAAAGGCGGCUCAAACAAUUUUGGCAUUAUCACACGCUUUGAUGUAGCUAUGAUUCCUCAAGAACAAAUGUGCGACUUUAUGAAGCCAGGAAAUUUCGACAGUGCAGCCACGAUGGGAGUAUUCUUGGACUAUUCAGUUGGUGAAUUCCUUCUUUCUGAUGCCAUGUGGUACACAAAGGAUGUAGAGAAACCCGACGUUUAUGACGCCUUCACCGAGAUUCCGAACUUAGGGGGCUUGUCGGAGCUUAAUACUACUGAUAAUAUCGUGGAGGUGUUCGGAAAGGAUAUCCCAUCCGACGAGAAAAGGUAA